AUGGACAUGCGAGAAGAGCAUGGUAAAUGCGGACUCCCUGACACACGGAAGCAAAGUAUUCGAAUCAUCGCUAUGCUGGAUUCGCCUAGUCUUCUGGCCAUUCGCAAGACUAACGAAGAUUCCCACAACACCGGCGGCUUGACGGCCAAGAUUCACGUCCCCAGAGCCACUAUUGUGAGACUUAGAUCCAUGUCAGGUCAAGGCCUAAGCCCCUUUACUACAUAUCUCUCGACGUUUUGGAUACUUAUCUACUGGUUAGUCUUGUAA